AUGAAGUUCUUCAGGAGGAAAGACAAGCGGAGGAACGAGGGCGCCAGCCACCAGGGCCGGAUGCCGGGCUUCGGCAGCAGCAGCAGCACGACGAACGGCAAGCACUUGGCCCCGGCGCACGGCGGGUACGGUCUCGGUUUCGGCGUCUCCCGGCCCGACGGCCACCGGACCUUCGGCUCCACUCCCUCCGGGCCAUACCACCGGGGGACGGACGCGCAAUCCGAUCUCCUUCCCAACCGGCCGACUCGUGCUUCUGCUGCGGCGCUCGCCCAGCUACCGGCCGCCAUCCUCCAGCGGAUCUUCACGUUCGUCUGUCCCCACAGCGCCGAUGAGAGCUACACCACGUGCGAGCAGAGCUCCGUCGACGACUGCUGCGCGCUCUGCGACCUGCGCGACCUGGCGCACUGCGUCGCGGUCUGCAGGAGGUGGAAGGCGGAGGCUGUCAAGCUGCUGUACCACAGCAUCCGUAUCGACAGCGUCCAUUAUUGCGAUCUCGAAGCUGUCCUCGCCGAGCGGCGGAAACGACGGUCGUUCUUCGACCGCAAUGGCCAGCCCGAGGACCCGGCGCAGGCCCGCCUGAAGCUGCUCUGUCGCACCCUCCGCGAGGACCCCGUUCGCCGCGGCCGGCUUGUCCAGUUCUUCAAGAUGCCGUAUAUGCUACGCGAGUCCUGCCAGGCCGACCUGGCACGGACGAUAGCCGUGACGCCGGACCUUCGAUACGUGGACCUGCCCGAGGGUCUCUUCGCCGAUGAGCCGUCCUUCCUGACGCUCCGGUUAGAGGUCCAGGCGCGCUGCCUCGAGUUGCGCAAGAUGACAUACAUGGGAGGGUCAGAGAAUAGUCUGCGGGCUAUCGCCUCGGGGAGAGUCUGGACCAAGCUGGAGGUGCUUGAGCUGAUCCGGAUAGAGAUGGAGCCUGCUAUGCUGCGCCAAGUGCUGAGCUACUUGGGCAACCUGCGGGCGCUCAAAGUCAGCCAAACGAAAUCCUUCAGCGACGAGACCUUGGAAUGGAACGACAUGAUGCCGCCGUUCCCGCCCCUGGAGGAGUUUAUUCUCACCGACGUUCCCAACGUCACCUCCGAGGGCCUCAAGGGCUGGCUGGUCCAACCCGAAGCGCGGCAGUCGUUGAGGGUGCUUACAUUGAACGGGACUGGCGUGCGAGCCUGGACUCUGCAGGAGCUCCUGGCUUACCUUCCCGGGCUCAAGCACUUGUCCCUCAUGGACAGUGUGUCGGCGUCCAUGGCAUCCGCCGCCGGCUCGCACAACAUCCCCCCGCUCGUCUCGACCAGUCUCGAGUCGCUGCACUUCGAAAUCACCGCGGCGCCGUCGUCGCCGAAAUACUCGGGCGUCGCAGCGAGCUACUACAACUACCUCGCCGGCUCCCUCCUCUCGGGGGGCUUACCCAACCUCCGCGCAGUCUACGUCCGAGAUCCCAACUUCCCCGACCUCCUGCUCGGGCUCCCUCCGCCAGCUCCCGCCUUCGCCGAGGGCCGUACCCCCCGCCCGGCAAGCAGCGGGUCAGCCUCCCCGUAUGGUUCCCCGAACAGAAAAGCCAACGGAUUCCCCGGUGGUUCCUUGUUACCCCCGUCGGCCCCGUUCGCUGGCGGCAAUCUGGGCCACCGCUCGCAGGGCUCCCUCUCCUCCCUCAACGGUGCCUUCAGCCCCGCCUCCGGCCUCGGCGUGGGCACCGCCACCACCACCAACCCGCGCUUCAGCAGCAACAACCCGUUCGCCACCGCCGCCGCCGCCGCCUCCUCCCCUCAUCUCAGCCCGCCAGGCGCGCCGCCGCUCGCGAACUUCCUCAACCUCCCCGCCAAGCUGGAGGUCUUCACCAAGGGCGACGACGACCAGCUGGGGUGGUCGUUCGUGCAGGUGGGCAGCGGCCGCGGGUCCGGCGCCGCGCACGACCGCCAGGAGCGCCCGCUCAGCAGCUAUGGGCUGGGCGCGGACGUGCUGGGCGGCAGCGCCGCCGGGUGGAGCAGCGGCGCGGGGGCCCGACGCAGCGUGCUGGUCGGCGGCGCCGGGGCUGGCGGCGGGUUCUUGGCCGUGCCGACCGGCGAUGAAAGGGGAGGCGGGGGGGCGCAGACGCGCGGGCGGAACUCGUCUCUGGCAAGGGGGAGUAAGACGUCGUUGGGUGGGUAUGUUGGCGGUGGUGGGGAGGAUGAGUGGCCGCGGCCGAAGAGCAGCGCGGGGGAGAAGAAGUGGGAGAGGAUGGAUUUGUGGCGGUGA